GCAUACGUCAUAGUUACUAAACUGUAUGCUACCGUUGAUACGAGGAAUAACAUCCUCCAUAUGCUUGGCAUUUCCAAUAGAAUUUCCGAUGAAACUUAUUAAGCUCUACUAUUGAUUUCUACUAUGGUAUCGUCGCGAAAGGCUUAGGCCACGAUAGUAUCAUGUAUACGAAUAAGUUAAUAAACCCCUAUCUACUUCGUACUUCCUCUUAAACAAAACCAGAAUUUUCUUUUCUUUUCUUUCUUUUUUAAAUUCUUAUCAAAAAAAUCAAGCUCAAGCAUCUCCGCAUCUAGAGGAAUGUCUCCGCCGGCGAAGUUCAUGCUUCGGUUAUCGGGUCAAUGAUGCUCAACUAUUUACCGUCCAAGACCGAGUAUACCGGGCGUGAAACCGGCGGUCAUGAUCACAAGCAUGGCAAUUGGUCCAGACCGAUCUGUGUCUACCGCAGGGAGAUAAGUUCUGCGUGUGACCUUUAAUCCUUGACAAACACGCGACGGCGUGCGGAGUAGAAACCACCAUUCUGGUAUAGAAUGAGUGAGCAUCCUGGUCCUUCCCACUUACUCCUCAUUGCCGGACCUGGCUCUCGGUAACACACAUUUACAUCAUAUGCUUCGCUUAUAUCACAAGCCAUCGUCAAGUUGCGGGUGGGAAGAAAACAUCUUACGAUACCGCAAUACCCGUUAAGAUGAGCGUGACCAAAGCAUCAGCAACAGAAACCGAAUAUGCAACUCCAUUGCCAGACCACCAUCAGGAAGAACAUGAUGGCAAUGGCAGCAAGGACAUCGCAGCCUCAUUUCUCGCAAAAAAUGUUGCGGGACAGAGAAUAUCUGUAACUCCUGCCGAAUCGGCGCGUGUCCUACGGCGCAUCGACGCCGUCAUACUCCCCAUCAUGCUGACAGUAUACUUCCUGCAAGGCCUCGACAAGACGACACUUGCAUACGCUUCAGUAUUUGGGCUGAUUGAGGACACCGGACUUGUGGGCGACCAGUACAGUUGGUUGGGCAGCAUUGUAUACCUAGCGCAGCUUGUCAUGCAGCCACCGCUGGCGUGGUUACUCGUGCGCUUACCUAUCGCCAAGUUCACGAGCGCUAUGGUGCUCCUAUGGGGCAUAUCUCUCACAUGCAUGGCAGCUGCGCAUAACUUUGACAGCCUGCUAGCCACGCGUUUCUUCCUGGGAGUGUUUGAGGCGAGCGUUGCGCCUAGCUUUGUUGCUAUUACGCAGAUGUGGUGGAGGAGACGAGAGCAGACUUGUAUUGCGACUUCGAAGACGACCCCUGAGGACGUGCAAGAUGGGAUCAAAUAUGUUAACAUUGUACCCUAUAGCGCUAUGAAUGGAUUUACGAAUAUGUUCGGUAGUUUAAUCACCUACGGCCUAGGCCACAUAUCAUCGCAACUACGUUCCUACCAGAUCAUAUUCCUGUUUUUUGGAAUUAUCACCGUUGCAUAUAGCUUUAUCAUGUUGGCCUUUAUGCCAGACUCGCCGGUAGAAGCAAAGUUUCUAAGCGACGAAGACAAACUGAUAGCCGUUGAGCGGUUGCGCAUGAACCAGAUGGGAGUGGUAUCACGCGAGUGGAGAAACGAUCAUCUCAAGGAGGCUCUACUGGACCCUAAGUCGUGGCUCUGGUUCGCGCUGUUAUUCUCAAUCAGUAUUCCGUCCGGUGGGAUCUCAACAUUCGGACCGCUGAUCAUAAAGACUUUUGGAUUCGAUCCAUUCGGGACUAUCCUCUUCAACAUCCCUUUUGGGUUCGUACAGCUGGUCGCGACUGUUGGCGGGGCUCUCGUAGCCCAGAAAAUCAAGAUGAAGGGACCUGUUAUCGCCGCGCUUUGCCUACCCCCUAUAGCCGGUUGCGUGAUGCUUAUGGUGCUUCCCAGAGAUGUUUCUCACCGAGCACCCCUUUUAGCUGGGUACUACCUUAUAUCUGUUUAUCCAGGAAUUACCCCGCUCAUUUACUCUUGGGCAUCGCAAAACACGGCUGGAGAUACUAAAAAGAAGUGUACCAAUGCCAUACUGUUCAUCGGUCAAUCUGUGGGAAAUGUGGUCGGCCCGAUGUUAUACUCACAGACAGAAGCGCCAGGUUAUACCAAGGGCCUGCGUUCGAACCUAGCGCUCUAUAUUGUCCUGAAUGCAGGUCAUGCUAAGAGACGGGUAGCUAUGGGCAAAAGUGCUGUUAUUGUUGAUACCAGCCUAGAUUCUGCAGAAGUGGCAGCGGCGCAACAAACUCGCGAUGAUGUGGAUAAGAACGCUAAGAACGCCGAGGAAGGUGAUGUCGCUGUCGCUUCUAACGAGGGAGUGGAAAGGCCUGGUGAGAGAGCAUUUGAAAACCUAACUGACCUCCAGAACGAGGAAUUUGUCUUCGUCUUCUAA